AUGGCAAGCUCACCAGCCGGGAGUGCGAACGGGCGUGACACAAGGACGCAGUUAUUUGUCGGAAACCUGCCGUACCGUGUCCGCUGGCAAGACCUCAAGGACCUCUUCCGUCGCGCGGGCACUGUACUACGCGCCGAUGUCGCACUGGGACCCGACAACCGCUCUCGCGGACACGGCACCGUACUGCUCGCGUCGCAGGAGGAUGCAGAAGGCGCAAUCCAGAUGUUCCAGGGGUGGUGUUGGCAGGGGCGGGUGCUGGAAGUGAGGAAGGACAGGGUAAUCAGCGGGGAGGAAGGGCUGGCACUCGGGAUGGGAGGAGGGAGUGGGCUGCCGAGCCCUAUGGGUGGUGGGUUCGGGACGGUGAUGGGGAAUGGGCUGGCGAGUCCGGCGCCGCUGAGUAGGGCAUGGUCGCUCGUCCUGCGGUUGUAUGCGGCUUAUCGAGUGAAAGGAGGUGCCCUCCUACCAUUCCAUAUACAGUGGCAAGAUCUGAAGGAUCUCUUCCGGCAAGCGGGCGCGGUGACCCGGGCUGACGUCGCGCUGGGAGCGGACGGACGGUCAAGAGGGUUUGGCACGGUCAGCUUCUCGAACGAACAGGAUGCGGAGCGCGCGGUGCGGAUGUUCAACGGGUACGUGGCCCAUGUCUGCGCUCGCACUCGUGCGGACGUUCCGUCGCAAGCGUCCUGA